AUUGUAAUAAGAACAAAAUAAAUAAUUCGUAAAAUGGAACAACGAGAAUCAAAAAAUUGGCGUUUUGACAUAUCAAUGUCAGAAAAUGAUCCAGAACGUGAUAAAAAAAAAUUACAAAAUAAAUUGAAUGAUCUUAAGAAAAGUAUUGAUAAAAAAAAAGAAAAAGGACUUGAUUAUUUACCAUCAAAAAUCACUGAUAAAUCUGGGAUAACAAAUAAAAAAAUACCAUCUGAAAAAUUAAUUAGAAUUACUAAAACUGAAUUGAAAGAACGUGUUGAACCAUCUGGUCAUGAUGGUGUUGCAGCAACAACUGAUAGUGAUGGUAAAAUACAAGGUGGUAAAUAUAUACCACCAAGUUUACGUGGUGGUUAUAUUAAAUCAGAUGAUAAUAGAAGAACCAUUCGUAUAUCAAGUCUAAUAGAAAGCACUUCUGAAACUGACUUGGAAGAAAUGGUUAAACCAUUUGGCGAUGUACAAAAACUUUAUCUUGCCAAGAAUCAAUUAACAGACAAAUGCAAAGGUUUUGCAGAUGUACGUUUCAAAUAUCAUGCCGAUGCUAGAGAAGCGAUUGCUUAUCUAAAUGGCUAUAGAUAUGAUUAUUUAAUUUUAAGUGUUGAGUGGUCACCAAUCAAUUAA